AUAAAAACAUUCAUACUAUAUAUCGUAUCCAGAAACGCAUCUGUACCACACGUUAAACCAAUUGCUUAUCAAUCAUAGUGCAUACGUUGUUUUCUGGUGUAUUCUUGUAUACCAAGUUGUUUAUCUAUCUGAAUUUCCAACCCCCGUUCUGAAAUUUUACCACAAUGUCUGAGGAAGGCGAAGUGGCGAACAAGGGACCGACCAAGGUGGUGAAGAGAAUCUUCAUCAACAAUUUGGACUCAUUUCACGGCAAAAAUAUCUCCAAGUUCCUCUCCAACUGUGUGGUGGGAGCAUCUCAGGAGGAAGGAGGGGAGGAGGAGGAUGCGGAGAGUGUGGACUCGGACACCCCCGUGGUGACCAAGGAGGGCACUUAUCAAGUCAUAGGCACCAUGAUGAACCCACAGGCACCCAAGCCAGAUUGGGUCAAAUAUGUGCUAGAUAGUGGAGAUAGGGCACAGCUGUUGGAACACCUGGUGGAGUGUGACAUGGUCAUCUACGACAUCACUGAGGACCCCAACUCAGUAGACGAGGCCGCAUGGGCCAUAGAGUCGAUGGAAGCUGAGCUGGAGCACUGGAUUGGACAGAAGCUGUUCAUCCUCGUGUCCUCCGUCCUCACCUGGGCAAAAUCCAAACCCCUAGACCCAGCAAUGCGACGCUCGGAGGAGGAUCCUGAGAUUCCCUUCACGGAGGAUGACUACAGAAGGAGGAAACCCCACCCCAACUUCAAAAACCACAUCAGCUGUGAAAAGACCGUGAUCAAGUGCGGAAAGACUAAUAAACAGCAACUGAUCUCGUACGUGGUGGCCGCCGGCAUGACUUAUGGCAUGGAGGAGAGUGUAUUCCACUUCUUAUUCAAGUCUGCGUGGCAUGGUCAGGUGGAUGCACUGCAGUGCUAUGGCACGGGAGAAAACAUCCUCCCCACCAUCCACGUCAAGGACCUCGCUGCGGUUCUGCAGAACAUUCUGGACAGUCGGCCGAAGACGAGGUACUUGGUGGCAGUGGACGACAGCCAGCUGAGUCUGAUGGAGAUCGUGAAGGCUGUCAGUGUGGCACUGCACAAUGGAAAGGUCAGGUGUGUGUCCCGGGAAGACGCACUCCUCCUCAAGGACCUCGAGGACAAUAAAAGACCCAGCCCACAAGCUGACUUCGACCAUCUGCUGGUGAACUUGAGAAUGGACGCCGUGUAUAUCAAAGAGAGCAUGAACAUCAAUUGGGUGUCGGAGGCGGGAAUUGCCGAGAGCAUUGGUGCUCUAGUGAAGGAGUUCAAAGAAACGCGAAAACUUCAGCCAAUCAGAGUUUGUCUUCUGGGCCCUCCUGCAGUGGGAAAAUCUUUUAUUGCUGAAAAGCUAUGCAAGUUCUACAAAAUCCACCACAUCAAAAUCAAGGACGUAAUCGAAGACGCAAUUAAAAAUCUGGAGAGAAGUGCGGCCAGAAUAGAUGCACCCGAGGAGGAAGAGGAGGACGACGGGAAGGCGCAGGAGGACUCGGAACUGUUGGAGAAGAUAAACGAGAACAAACAAGAGAACGAUGGUCGAAUUGACGAUGAGUUUGUGGUGCAGUUCUUCAAGGAGAAGUUGCACUCGAAGCCCUGUCAGAACCAGGGAUUUGUUCUGGACGGCUACCCUAAGACAUACGACCAAGCAAAAGCACUCUUUGUUCCAGAGGAUGACAUAGAAGAACUAGAACAGGAAUCAAAAAUACCCCAGUUCGACAAACAGAUCAUGCCAGAAGUGUUAGUCUCCCUGGAAGCGCCCGAUGAGUUUCUGCGUGACCGAGUGAUGAACCUGCCUGAGAAGUUGAUAGAGGGCACCCACAACACAGAAGACAAGUUGAACAAGCGACUCACAGUGUACAGGGAGAACAACACGGAAGACGUCACUGCCCUCAACUACUUUGACGAGCUAGAGGUCCAUCCUCACAUCAUUGAUAUCACCAAAGAUAAAUCAAAGGAGGCCGAAAACACUGUGGAACAGCUGAAGAAGAUGAUCGGAAGCACCCGAAACUACGGUGCUACGGCGGAGGAGUUGGCGGAGCAGGAGAGACAGCAGGCGGAGAGGAGACUGAGGGAGGAGACGAUGGAGAGGGAGCAGAGACAGAGGCAGGAGCAGGAGGAGCUGCACGAGAUGAAGAGACGGCAGGAGGAGUGGAAAUCACGCCUGGACGAAGUGCGCCGCGAGGAGCAAGAGACCCUUGAGACCCAGAGUGCUCCUCUGAGGAACUACCUGAUGCAGCAUGUGAUGCCCACUCUCACCAUGGCUCUGGUGGACUGCUGCAAAGCCAGACCAGACGACGCCGUAGACUUCAUUGCGGAGUACCUUUUCAGGAACAACCCACAGGUUGAUUAGGAAAACCGGGAUCUACAAAAUAGAAAUGGGAUGAAAAAUAAACCGAAUCACAAGAGUCACACCUCAUUGAGCUGGUUAAAUACAAACUAAUGUUUAGUUCUUAAUGUGAUUUAAGCAAUUGUUGUCCAAGAAUGUAUUAUGACCCGACAUCUAUAAACGUUUAUUUGAUUGCACUUUCUCACUGAUGAGACAAAAUGGUUGAAGAAAGUUUCAUUUUUAAA